CAUUCAUGCAUUAACAUGGCUCCCAAAAGACCCCAAAAGGUUGUGCAAAUGGUAGAGACUUUAGGUGAAAAAGAUGAUGAUGAACCGAAGAAGGACGAGGUUGUUAAAGUUUUGCCUUUCUUUAAACUCUUGAGCUAUGCUGACGUGGCAGACUGGAUUCUCAUAGGUUUGGGAAUUAUAGGUUCUAUCGUGCAUGGCAUGGCAAUUCCUGUUGGCUAUCUCUUGCUAGGAAAAGCUCUUAAUGCUUUUGGGAACAACAUCCACGACACUGAUGCCAUGGUUAAAGCUCUUGGAAAGGUUAUUCCAUUCGUGUGGUAUAUGGCCAUCGCCACAUUUCCAGCUGGGGUGCUUGAGAUUGGUUGUUGGAUGUAUACAAGUGAAAGACAGUUAAUGAGGCUAAGAUUAGCAUAUCUAAGGGCAGUCCUCAACCAAGAGAUAGGAGCUUUUGAUACAGAAUUAACAAGUGGAAAAGUCAUCAGUGGAAUAAGCAAGCACAUGAGUGUCAUACAAGAUGCCAUUGGUGAGAAGUUGGGUCACUUCACCUCUAGCUGUGCAACUUUCUUUGCUGGAAUUGUGAUUGCCACCAUAUGCUCUUGGGAAGUGGCACUUCUCUGUUUAGUGGUUGUCCCGAUUAUUCUUAUAAUUGGGGCAACUUACACAAAGAAAAUGAACAGCAUUUCAACCACCAAAAUGCUUUUCCAUUCUGAAGCGACAUCUAUGAUAGAGCAGACAAUAUCACAUAUAAAAACAGUUUAUGCUUUUGUUGGAGAGAGUUCUGCAAUCAAAUCUUUUACAGAGAACAUGGAAAAACAAUACAUUAUAAGCAAAGGGGAGGCACUUGUGAAAGGAGUUGGGACAGGGAUGUUUCAAACAGUGAGCUUCUGUUCUUGGGCUCUCAUUGUAUGGGUUGGAGCUGUUGUGGUCAGAGCCGGAAGAGCAACAGGAGGAGACAUAAUAGCUGCAGUGAUGAGUAUUCUCUUUGGUGCCAUAUCUCUCACUUAUGCAGCACCAGACUUGCAAAUAUUCAAUCAGGCAAAAGCUGCAGGGUAUGAAGUUUUCCAAGUGAUCCAAAGAAAGCCUCUAAUAAGUAAUGAAUCAGAAGGGAAGAUGCCUAGAAAAAUUAAAGGUGACAUUGACUUACGAGAUGUUCACUUUUCCUACCCAUCACGGCCAGAGAAACCAAUCCUUCAAGGACUGUCCUUGACAAUUCCAGCAGGAAAGACAGUAGCAUUAGUUGGUAGCAGUGGCUGUGGAAAGAGCACUGUUAUUUCACUGGUUAGCAGAUUUUAUGACCCCUCCAGAGGAAUUGAAUGUGCGAAAUUGUAUGCAAUCAAACUUGCCAAGAUUGACAUUGUUUAACAUAAUCCAGGAGGAAUUUUUAUUGAUCAUCACAAUAUCAAGGAUCUUGAUCUGAAGUUCCUUCGAAGAAAUAUAGGGGCUGUUACCCAAGAACCAUUGCUCUUUGCAGGCACCAUCAAGGAUAACUUGAAAGUGGGAAAAAUGGAUGCAGAUGAUCAAGAGAUUCAGAAGGCAACAGUAAUGUCAAAUGCACCCUCUUUCAUAUCACAGCUGCCUAAUCAGUACCUAACAGAGGUAAGCUACUUAAUCUACCCCAUUUUCAGGCUUUCAGCUGACCUGUCACGGAUGGGGAUAAGUUGACGCAUUUUAAAACAUGUCUGCUGGCUGCAUAUAUUCCAUCCACUCAUUAUAACAUUUAUGGACUCAUAUGUCAGCCAUGAUGAUUGCCAGGUAGGAGAAAGGGGCGUCCAAUUAUCAGGAGGCCAAAAACAGAGAAUUGCAAUAGCAAGAGCUGUUCUUAAAAAUCCUCCUAUCCUUUUGCUUGAUGAGGCCACUAGUGCCCUUGAUUCAGAGUCUGAAAAGCUAGUUCAAGAAGCACUUGAGACAGCUAUGCAGGGAAGGACUGUCAUCUUGAUUGCACACAGGCUGUCAACAGUUGUAAAUGCAGAUAUAAUUGUGGUGGUAGAGAAUGGACAAGUUGCAGAGACAGGAACACACCAGAGUUUGUUAGACACAAGCAGAUUCUAUAGUACAUUAUUCAGCAUGCAGAACAUUGAACCAGUUCCUGAAUCCAGAGCUACAAUUUCCAAGAAUAGAAGUGUCCGCCAAGAAGAUUUUCCUGAAGAAACUAGACAACCACUAGUAGAGGUGCAGGUCCAAAGAAAUAUCACUGAGCAUUCUGUGCUAAAGGAACAGAGCCAAAUGAGCAGCAGAGGAAGAAAUAUAUUUUUCAGAAUUUGGUUUGGCUUAAAAAAGAGGGAGCUGGUGAAGAUUGCUAUUGGCUCAUUUGCAGCAGCUUUCUCUGGCAUCUCAAAGCCAUUUUUUGGGUACUUCAUCAUCACCAUUGGAGUAGCAUACUUUGAAGAAGAUGCAAAACGAAAAGUUGGACAUUAUUCAGCCAUCUUUACAGCAAUAGGGUUGCUUUCAUUAUUUAGCCACACCUUCCAACAUUUCUUCUUUGGAGAGGUUGGAGAAAAGGCCAUGGCAAAUUUCAGACGUGUUCUGUAUACAGGUGUGCUGCGUAAUGAAGUAGGCUGGUUUGACAAAUCAGAGAAUACAGCUGGUUCAUUGACUUCACGCAUUAUCAGUGACACUGCCAUGGUCAAAGUUAUCAUUGCUGAUCGAAUGUCUGUAAUUCUGCAAUGUGUUUCCUCCAUACUAAUAGCAACAGUCGUCAGCAUGAAAGUCAACUGGAGAAUGAGUUUGGUAGCUUGGGCUGUGACGCCCUGCCACUUCAUAGGUGGUCUCAUUCAAGCCAAGUCUGCCAAAGGAUUUUCAGGUGACCACUCUGCUGCACAUUCUGAGCUUGUUGCUCUUGCAUCUGAGUCCACAACCAACAUAAAGACUAUUGCAUCGUUUUGUCAUGAAGAACAAGUACUGAGGAAAGCCAAAACAUCCCUGGAAAUUCAAAAGAAAAAUUAUAGAAAAGAAAGCAUCAAAUAUGGGAUCAUUCAAGGCUUCUCCCUUUGCUUGUGGAACAUUGCACAUGCUGUUGCUUUAUGGUACACAAAAACUCUGAUUGACAGACGUCAAGCCACCUUUGAAAAUGGAAUAAGAUCAUACCAAAUUUUUUCUCUCACUGUUCCUUCUAUCACAGAAUUGUACACACUGAUCCCAACUGUCAUGUCUGCAAUCUAUACGCUAACUCCAGCUUUCAAAACCCUUGACCGUAAAACUGAAAUUGAACCAGACACACCAGAUGAUUCCCAACCUGAGAGGAUCCAAGGAAAUAUAGAAUUUGAAAAUGUAAAAUUCAAAUACCCUUCAAGACCGGCAGUCACUGUUCUUGACAAUUUCAGUUUACAAAUUGAAGCUGGAUUGAAGGUGGCUUUUGUAGGACCAAGUGGAGCAGGAAAAUCCUCUGUUUUGGCCCUUUUACUAAGAUUUUAUGAUCCACAGGCAGGAAAGGUAUUAAUUGAUGGCAAAGACAUACAGAAAUAUAAUCUAAGAUGGUUAAGGACACAAAUAGGACUGGUACAACAAGAGCCACUGCUUUUUAAUUGCUCAAUCAGAGACAAUAUUUGCUAUGGGAAUAAUGGGGCUUCUGAAAGUGAAAUAGUGGAGGUUGCUAAAGAAGCAAAUAUACAUGAAUUUGUAAGUAAUCUACCAAAUGGAUAUAAUACUGUAGUUGGCGAGAAAGGUUGCCAGCUUUCUGGAGGACAAAAGCAAAGAAUAGCCAUUGCCAGAACCUUACUAAAGAAGCCUGCAAUAUUACUCCUUGAUGAAGCAACAAGUGCUCUUGAUGCUGAGUCUGAAAGAAUUAUAGUAAAUGCUUUAAAAGCAAUACAUCUGAAGGAAGACAGUGGCUUGUGUUCAAGAACCACCCAGAUCACGGUAGCUCAUAGGCUUUCCACAGUAAUAAACUCAGAUACUAUAAUUGUCCUGGAUAAAGGUAAAGUUGUAGAGAUGGGCUCCCACACAACCCUAAUAACAAAAGAAGCAGGAGUUUAUUCAAGGUUAUUCAGGUUACAGAGCUUUGAGGAAACUUCAUAGGUUUAUAAGUGACAGUUUUAUACAGAUUUCAUAUCUGUAACUAUGAAAAUGUAUGUUGUAUCAAUUCACAAAACUAGGUUUCUCUUGAAUUUCUUCGGUGUAAUAAAAUUAGUCAGAAUGAAUGCCAAGAAAAAUAUUUCAAUGA